AGGGCGCUGUUGAUACAAGCGAAAUGCAAUGUGUCUAAUCAAAAUAACAUCGAAGAAGAGGACGCGGGCAAGCCUAGGUGCGCAUGCGUAUUGAUAACAAUACUGGUUGUAAUAUGGCGUAGUAUCAACUGUUUUAUUUUAUUUUCUAUUCUCUGUAUAUUAACUUUGUACUUAUUUUUAACAUAGCGAACGUUCAGUUAAAACGUUAUUUUAUUUAUUUCGGCUCUUCGUGUUGCAGUGUGUGUCAAAUCAUGGGCACUUUCUAAACACAUCCUCAGACUUGGAUAAGAGAGUUCUGGAGUCAGCUUGUAAACACCAGGAUCAAGUAAAUCCGAUAUUUUCAGUCACCAGAUUUGAAUAUUCCUCUGUAUUAAUGGGAAAGUUUUGAAUUUGAAGCAGAUUUCCAACUUUUUUCUCCUCAAAAGAACUGGAGGCUUUUCUUGUUUAUGAAGUGACAGUUCAGGCUCUGGCAACAAUCCUGAGACUGAACUGAAGUGUGGUUUCAGUCAGAGUAAAUACUUAAUCUUGUAUACAUUUAAAAAUAUAUUAUUAAGUUCCUGCAGCCAUUCCUUAUAUGAUACAAUUUCCUUUUGCAUAAUUUGGUUGCAAGGCUUGUUCUUUAAUCAAAGCCUGGAAGGUAGUUAUGAAAACCUAACAUAUGAGAAAAUGUCCCUGUUAAUAAUGCACAAAAGAAAACUAACUUGACAUUCGUCUUUGUGUAAUCACGUGAAAGGGUGUCAAACCCAUUUAAAAAAAAAAUCAAAAUAAUGACCACUAAGUCUGUCUCGGUCACCAACUUGCCAUACUGGGAAAGUGGCAAAAGGAGAAUUCGAUACUUGUAUCUCGUUGGUGACAAUUCCUUUCAAGUGACCAAACCGAGUACAAAUGAGGAGCCAGUAAUCCCUCUCUUUCUUGGAGCUGAUCUCUUUUUGAACACAGACGUCCGCACUGAAAACCAUCCCAGAUACCAUGCCAAGUUUGCAAAACGAGGACUUGCAACCAAACUGGCUUUCUCGUCAGACUUGAGGUUCCAAGGUUUACGAGUUCCUUGUUCCAGUAACAGUUUGUGGUUCUACUGUGUUCAUGGGGUUUUUCGAGUGGCCUUUGAGCUUUACAGCAAACAAGAGCAGCUGUCAAUCUUGGAGUCAUUUCAGGAUCUGUGGAAAUCUCGGAUCAAUGAUGAUCAACUAAACUUGGCGUACAACAUUGGAAUCCAGUUAGACAUGAAACCACCAAAAGCUAGUGAUCAAGAGAUACCAGAAGGAUUUAAUCAUUUAUCUAGUGCGAUUUCUGUAGCUACAGAGGACAAUUUAAAUUCUCAGACCACAGUUGAAGACUUGGAGGAAAUGACAUUCGAGUCAACAUCUGGUCAAGGAGAUAAUUCAUCUUCUGCAGACCAUGAUUACUGCUCCCUAGCUGAACCAGUGGAGUCUAAACACUUUAGUGUACUCACAGAGAGGCUUUACAGCAUAGGAAACAAGGUGAAAUGUACUUCGGCUAUGGACAAGAACCAUGAAGAGACCAUUUUGAAACUGCUGGAUUAUGUUGACUAUUGGAUUGAUGGACAGGUAGAUGAGGAAAAACUGACAGAAGCUGUAAUGGUCUUGCUUCAAACUCAUUUUCAUGGCCACUCCAUCUAUUCCAGUCCUUUACUACAGGCUGUGGCUAGCUGGCUGGGUCAACAGUUCCAUGAAGCCAACAGCAGUGUGAGUCACCAGGUGGAAGGAUUUAAGAUGAGAAAUAUUGAACACAUUAAAGACCUACCACCAGCGGAAGAUCUAGCAACCGAGCUCUUCCCUGAGGCCAUGAGGAACCUGCUGAUACACUGGAUGGGCCUCAGUGAAGAAGCAGCAACAUGGAAAAGGCUCAGUGAAUAUCCGAUUGUUUUGCUUAUAUUGGAGUUUGCCAAUCAUAACCUCAUUACAGGAGUGGCUCAUGUAUUGUAUUCCAGUCUCAUAUGCAGGUAGAGAGAGAUUAUUGCAGUGCAAUUGUUUUAUUUUAGAAUUCCUAACACAAUUUCUCCCAGCUGAGGGCUGACAUGAGCUUCCUUUAAGUCAUGUGAAGCUAACAGUGUGACCUUUCCGAAAGGAUGUCAUCUUGAAGCUGAAAACUCUUUUUCCUAGCUAUUCCAUGAUUUCCAGUCCCUUGCUACAAGCUCAGUAUAGGCAGCCUGGCUUGUGUUGAGAUGUGCAUGAAGCCAAAAGCAGCACAAGUCACCAGGUGGAAAGAUUUAAGACAUGAACACAUUAAGGACUUGUAGAGGAUAUGGAAACUAAGGUCUUUCCCAAGGAGUUUUUUGAAGAGGUGGUCACAUGUAAAACGUUUAUAGAAGAGUGUUAACAGCUCUAUAGCUCCCAGGACAUUUGCUAUUGUUGCUGUGGUGGAAAGUAUGAAGAGGAAUGCCAUCUUUCCUACCCAGAGCACGGGGCCAGUGAUGUUUUCUUCAACUUCUGGGAAUUUGUGACAGUGAUUACUUGUGACCUUGCUCUUGCUUACAGUUGUACAAUUAAGAGCUGAUCACCUGGUGAUAUAUUACACUGUAAGGCUGAUGGUUUGUGGACAUCUGAUCAUUACACCCAUGUAUGGUUCUUCUCCAAACUGUUGCCACAAAGUUGGAAGCACACAGUUUUACAGAAUGUUUGUAUGCUGUGGCAUUAUAGUUUCCUUUCACUGGAACUAAAAGGCCCAAACCUGUUCCAGCAUGACAAUGCCACUGUACACAAAGCGUAAAGACAGGGUUUACUAAGGUUGGAGUGGAAGAACUCAAGUGUCCUGCACAGAGCCCUGACCUCAACCCCACUGAACACCUUUGGGAUGAACUGGAACAUUGACUGCACCCCAGUCCUUCUUACUCAACAUCAGUGCCUGACCUCGCGAAUGCUCUUGUAGCCAAAAGGGCAAAUCCGGGAGCCACAUUCCAAAAUCUAGCGUUAAAACUUUCCCAGAAGAGUGGAGGUUAUCACAGCCAAACUGUGCUCAUGAUUGAGUCAACCCCAAAAAUGUUUUAACAGCAUGAGAAACAGAUGCUGAUUACAUCUGACACGAGUGAUAAGAUUUUCUACGUUACUGUCUUCCAUUGCGAUAUGUCUGACUAAACAUGCUUUUGAUCUGUGCUCCUACAGUGUGGUAAAAAAAAAAAAAAACUGAGAGGUGAUAAAACAGAAUAUGUGUUUGGGUCUGAUUUUUAUUUAGGUUAAUUGCUUGAACAGAAAUGCUGCUGGCAUUACUUGUGACUUUCGGUUCUCAUCACUACCUCCACCACCAGCAUUAUCACUGAUAAUUUAUCAGCAUCCGGUCUCCCACUCCAUGGAUAUCAGUGUUUCAAACCAGUCCUCAGGGCCCUGCAGGCAGUCCACAUGUUUUCUCUUUCCCAUGUUGCAUAAAACAGAGAGAACAAAAUGUGGAAUAGAUUAGGGAUAAAAUUGGCUCAUGUCUUGGGUCAUUCAGCUUCUGUAAAGCUGCUUUGGGACAAUGUCUAUUGUUAAAAGCGCUAUACAAACAAACUUGACUUGAUGUGGACCAUCUUAAAGGCUCUGGAGACUGGUUUUGGAACCAUUCAUGUAAAUAAAUCAGUUGCUGUUGGUGGAAGGUCAUUUCAGUGUGAACAUCAUCUACUCAUGUUAAAACAGCCAAAAUUAAAGUCAGUAGUAAGUCAACACAUAACACACCCCUUACUGACUGAAAGAAAGAUGUGCGCGCACACAUUUUGUAUAUAUAUUUUUCUUUUUCUUCUCUAUUCUCUGUUUAUCCUGUAAUGAUGCUACU